UCUUUUCAGAUUGUUCCAGUCUAUGUAGUAACAAUCCUGUGACUAGGAAACAAGAGCUACGAUGACUCUCACGUAUCAUUUCCUUCUGUCUGUGUUUGGUGCCUUUGGAGAAACACCCGCAAAAAAUAAUGAUCUAAAGCCAACGACCAACAUGGGGAAAGAAUUUUAUUUGAUAGUUCCGCCCACCUUGGAGAAAUUCGAUGCAACUAGAAACACACCGAGUUUAGAGUUUCAUUUUUAUGGCUUUGAAGGCCGACUCAAGGUGACUCUGACAACCAAUAAAAAGAUCUUUUACAGAAACAGAAAGAAUGCGAAUGUGAAUGAAAUUGAUCGCUUUAUUUCCGUUGACAAAGACGACGUCGCUCGAAUCAUUCUUGCCUGUUCGCUCGAAGGGACUUGCCACGUAGGUGUAACUGAGCAGACAUCCUGGACAUUUCGAGUCCGUGGAGAAAAUUCAUUCGGAAUCUAUGUCCACUACCUGGUGUCCGAAUUCUCAGUGGCUGUCUUCACACCAUUGCCCGUAGAGGCCUGGGGCAAGAAAUAUUUCGCUGUGACGCUUGGGAGUGACCAUUUUAUAGGUCUUGUGGCUGGCAAGGUGUCUGUCUCCGUGGUGGUGACAUUUCGUUUAGAAGCUGAAUAUGAAAACAUUGUUCUGGAAGGUGGGACGUAUUACAAUAACAAGAUGGCCAAAAUCAGUAUUGAAAAACAGGAGGCCUUUAUAGUGUCCACGUGUAAGAAUUCAAAAUAUAUAGGUCAUAUAACAGGUACUUCUUUUGUCGGUUCCCAAAAGUUCGGCGUCAUCUCAGGCAGUUGCGACAGUGGUACAAUGACGACAUCUUGCUACGGGUCCGAGGAACAGAAAAUGGGCAGUAAAGACAUGGCAGUGGGUAGGUAA